ACCUCUACCAACUUACCUCAUAUAUCUCAGGUCUCAUCUUGUCAUGUCUGUGGUGCCGUUGCUCAAUAUUUGUACUGGGGCAUUUCUUGGGAACAUGCCCUUCGGAGUCUGGCGUGAGAAGUGUCAUCCGCUUUCGAUUCAGUGGUUCUUUGCGGUGCAUGCGUGUGUGCCUUUGGUGGUUAUAGCUAGGAGGAGAGCUCGGCUAAGCGUAAAGUAUCUCCCCACUACACUGCUAGCAGCUGUUGGGGGACAGUUAGCUGGACCCAAGGUGUACACAGCCAUAACAGGUCAACCAAUUGCGAAGUUGGAUGAUAGUAAGAACGUUUCGAUUCUGUUUCAGUGGGAUUAGGUGUGUGUAGUGCGAUGGUCAUGGUUAAAGUCGAAGUAUCUGGGUUGUUAUUUCUCGAAGAGGCAGUUGCCAUGGAGCAUCUAGGCAUCUUCGGAUAACCAUAAAGAAUGAGAGAGAGAUUAGAUGUGAUCGAGGCUUCCGGCUAUCUUCAUCGUUAAAGAGAAGACCUGACAAUUGGGGCUUAUGGAAUCUCUCAAAAAGCAGUGGAGUGUUGUACGUGCACUUGAAGCGCUUCUCGUUGCCCACAGUGGCGGAAAGACAUACAUAGAGCUCUGGGCUAUGCUUCAAUCUGAGAUGGGCUGGCAUCUUCCAUGUAGUAUUAAAUCCAGGAUGGUUGAUCUUGGAUUCUGGGAUAUACCUGGUCGCAAAUUUAUUUUACUUGCUGAAUUAAGAAUUAAGAAUUUAAAAGUCAGAGGAUCCUGGAUGAAUGAGUGCGAGGACAGCAGCAACAUACAAAGAAAGAAACUCAAAUUUCGUAGUGAAACACUUGUGAUAUUCUCUCAGCUACAAGUUUCCACCGCUACAAGCGCGCAGACACUCUAUUUAUUGUCGCCUGGGCACGCAGACUGCACGAUUGACUACGUAGAGCGAUAAGCGUACUUUCGAUUGAAUAAACAAAACUCGGGACGGCAAUCUUCCUCCGUACCGAGUACAAAUGAGUUUGCAGAUA